AGGAAUGGAAAAGUUGUAUGAUUACGGACCCUUUACUCCAGGAUAGUAUUUCUGUGGCCUGAAUAUUGAACUGGCAGCUGCAAAAUCCAUCUAUAUUACUUGCUGAAGGAAUUCAUCAUUGCUGUUGCUGUCUGAAUCCAGUUUCGGUCAACAUACUUUCCGGAUUCUUCAAUCAGCUGGAAGAGGUCACGUAAAUGGCUGUGGUUAUUGAAUGGAUCCUGACUGCCCUCUUCACCUCUUACUGGACAUGCAGCACUUUUGGCUCCAUUCCCAGAAGGACAGAUACAGAAAACCACCUCAUACACUAUGAGUUCCCAGCUGCAGGUGUUCUCCCCUCCGUCAAUCUCCUCCAGUGCCUUUUGCCGCGUCAAGAAGCUCAAGGUGGAAAGCAACGUUUGGGACGUGUCCACCACUGAGGCUUACGGAUCCAUAGCGGGCCAGUCCGCAUACACAUUCACCCCAGCCAUGGCUGUGCCACCAUUUGCGCCAUCUCUGGUCUUCCCUCCUACAGCGCCCGGCUCCAGGGGUCAAGUGGUGGUGCGAGCAGCUGAUAGCACCGGCAGUCUUCCUCGUGGAUCCAGUCGACGCGUCACUGAGCAGGCUACAUCCUCCUCUUAUGCUCACGAGACGUCCUCUGAAACUAGGGGGCACAGGCAUGGGCAGAAGAGAAAGAUGGAGGCGGCCAGCGACGGUAGCGGAAGCGGAUGUGGAAGCGUCCAGAUAUUAGAAGAGCUCUCAGCUCCUGCGGCAACUUACUCCACGCGUACAGGCGGCGGUGGAGGCGGGGGCACAGGCCAGUCCAUACCUCACUCGGCUCCAACCACCAAGAGCAGCAGCUCCAAUGGUGAAGGGGAUUAUCAGCUUGUGCAGCAUGAGAUCCUCUGCUCCGUGUCCAGCAGCUAUGAAGUGCUGGAGUUCCUGGGGAGGGGCACAUUUGGACAAGUGGCUAAGUGCUGGAAGAGGGGAACCAAUGAGAUUGUAGCAAUCAAGAUUCUGAAAAACCACCCUUCAUAUGCUCGGCAGGGCCAAAUUGAGGUGGGCAUUCUGAACCGGCUGAGUGCAGAGAACGCAGAUGAGUACAACUUUGUGCGUUCGUACGAAUGCUUCCAACACAAGGGUCACACCUGCUUGGUUUUUGAGAUGCUUGAACAGAACUUGUACGACUUUCUCAAGCAGAGCAAGUUCAGCCCACUUCCCCUACGGCACAUCCGCCCCAUUUUGCAGCAGGUGGCUACAGCACUAAUGAAACUGAAGAGCCUGGGUUUAAUUCAUGCAGACUUGAAGCCUGAAAACAUCAUGUUGGUGGACCCCAUUAGACAGCCCUACAGGGUGAAGGUCAUCGAUUUCGGCUCUGCAAGUCAUGUGUCCAAAGCAGUGUGCUCAACCUACUUACAGUCUCGUUACUACAGAGCUCCGGAGAUCAUUUUGGGGCUGCCCUUCUGUGAGGCCAUUGACAUGUGGUCUCUAGGGUGUGUUAUUGCUGAGCUGUUUCUGGGUUGGCCUUUGUACCCUGGAGCCUCUGAGUAUGACCAGAUCCGUUACAUUUCCCAGACUCAAGGCCUACCUGCCGAGUAUCUUCUGAGUGCCGGCACAAAGACGAGCCGCUUCUUCAAUCGAGGCCCUGACUCUAGCUACCCGCUCUGGAGGCUUAAGACCCCGUCAGAACAUGAAAUGGAGAUGGGCAUCAAAUCUAAGGAGGCUAGAAAGUACAUCUUUAACUGUCUGGAUGACAUGAUGCAGGUCAACCUUUCCUCUCACUUGGAGGGAACUGACAUGUUGGCUGAGAAAGCUGACAGGAGAGAGUUUAUAGACCUCCUAAAGCGAAUGCUUCGUCUGGAUGCUGACAAAAGGAUCACGCCUACAAAAACUCUGGGUCACCCCUUUGUCACGAUGAGCCACCUCAUGGAUUAUCCCCAUAGCUCCCAUGUGAAGUCGUGCUUCCAGAAUAUGGAGAUCUGCAAGCGCCGGAGCUCCUAUGAAAGCAGCAAAUCCCUCUACUCGACCAAUGCAGUCCCCAGUGCUGCAGCGGGUAACCUCACCGUGACCUUCAGUAGCCAACUAAACCAGCAUAACCAGGUGCCUUCUGCAGCGGGUGCGGUGCCUUUGCUGAACUACCAGCCAGCUUUGUACCAGCAGGCGACCAUCAACAUUCCCGGGCUGACUCAACAGAGUGUCCCGAUCCCAACGCGUCCUGCUGGGCUGUGUAGCCAGACGGAACCCUUCCAGCAGACACUCAUCGUCUGUCCACCCUCCACUAUCCAAGGGCUGCAGUCAUCCAGUAAGAGUUCCAGUUUCCCCGUGAGGGUGGAGAACUCUGUACCGAUAGUACCUCAGAACCAGUCUACUCAGUCCUUGCAGAUACAGCCAAGUAUGCUGACACAGGGUUCCUGCACACCCCUGAUGGUGGCCACCCUGCACCCACCCCCAGCAGGCCUAGCCCCGCAGUAUUCUCUGCCCCUUGGGCUGGGCACUGGGGUGGGUCGGCCUACCCUCCUGGAACACACAGCCACAGUGCUGCAGGCCUGGCCCACUGGUACCCAGCAGAUCCUCAUACCAUCAUCAUGGCAGCAGGUCCCAGGCGUGGCCAUCCACGGCUCUGCCCAUCAGUCAAAUGUCACCGAAUCACCUGUGGAAACGAUUCACUCAGAUGCUGCCACGCAGCAGGGACACAGCUGGCGGAGCAUUACCAAGACUCAGCAGGAGAGGAAGAAGGUGAAAGCCAGACGUGGAGAGAACAGAAACAGGGGUGUAUCUACUGCAUCAGUGGUCAGUAGUGGCGUGACUCCACCCAGCUCCAGCGCAGCCUUGUCACAGCCGAUCGUGAUCUCGGACACGCCGAGCCCAGCGGUCAGCAUCAUUACGAUUCACAGUGACACAGACACGGAGGAUGAGCAUAAGUUCCACCCUGCUAGUCUUGGACUGAGCCAGCGCACCAACGUUAUCAGCUGUGUGACUGUACACGACUCGGACUCCUCUACUGCCAGCCCCCUGACUCCCCUUCCACGCACUCUUAACGCAGCGAGCACUAUGUCAUCUCGCCAGGCCAAGUCUCUGGCAGUAGUGGCACCUUCAGUCAAAACACAGGCAUCUGAGAGAGGAGCAGAGUCCCGUGGACGCUUGGAGACUGUGAAUUACAUCAAGCCCAAGAGAUCCUCUAACAGACAGCCGUGCAGUUCAGGGGAAAGUGUGGAGCGCCAUGGACUGGUGCCAAGCCAGUCGCACCCUUUAAACCUCAGCCAGGUUCACACAGUAGUUUCUUCAUCUCAGGAGCGUUUGGGACUCUCCCACAGCGACUCAUCGUUACGUCGCCAGCAGACGUUCCACCAGGCCGUCUCAGCCUCUCACUACAGCUUCCCCGAGGUGGCAGCCCUGGCGUCCGGCUCGGCCGCUGCUGCCGCCCCCCCCAGCCUAUAUACCUACCCGGCCUCUACUGCCCUUUCCUCAGCCUCUCAGGCCACGGAGCAGCUGCUGGGCCGUGGUCACAGCACCCACGGACACUCCCCCUCCGCUUAUGCAGCAACGUACACCUCAUCCUCCUCCAGGAGAGACUCGGCCAGUCGCAAGGACUCGGUGAGCAGCCUGCUGCACGGCCUCCCUGCAGCCUACCAGCAUCAGUUCGCCACUGGUUCUCCUUAUGUUAGUGUGACGCCCCGAACCGAGGUUUACAGUGCCUACCAGCUAAGCCCUAGGCGCCUCGCGCAGUAUCCAUAUUUGUAGGAAAUCUCGCACAGAGAAUGGGGGGGGGGUCACUUCCCCAUAUAAUAUCACAAAGGGACAUUUUAAACUGUAGAGUAACUGUUGGUCACUUAUUGUUUGCUGCUUUGAACUACAAGACAGCGUUUCACCUCUAGCACAUUUAUAUGCUCUUACGGACUCUUAGUGUUAUUGAAAUGAUCCUCUGUAUUAUUUAUGUAUCUUUUUUUUCCCUUUUAAAUUGUUUAUGGUCCGCAUUUUAUCCCCAUUGUAUCCUGAUGUAUUAAUAUGGUGUUGUUGAAACAUAUUUUACAGCUGUUUUAUCUCGAGGUUAUCUGUGAAGAGAGAUUUUCCUCCUGUCACAAGCUGCAACGAAACUUGAGCUUCAAGACGCUGACUUGCCAGACUGGUGAAGCUGACAGUUUUUAGUUUUAUUUUAUUUCUCUUGUUCCUUCCUGUGAGCCUUAUUACAAAGUUUUCACACUAA